UUCAACAUUGACAAUUUGUUUGUGUUUACGUUUGUUUUUGAUGUAAAAACAACAACGAAAAGAAAUUGAAACAUCAAUUUUGUAACAAUGAUGACUAUGGAUCAUCAUCAUCAUCAUCAUAAUCAUCAUUCGAUAAAUCAUAUACAAAUGAAUGCUAUGGAUAUAUCGGAAACUUAUCAGGCAACAAAUUCAAUACAACUUCGUACACAUCCAACACAUGCAACAAUAAAUUUUAGUGAAUUGGGUAAAAAAUUAUUAGAAUCAGCACGUAAUGGUGAUACUGAAGAUGUUGUUGAAUUAAUAAAUUGUGGUGCACCAUUCACUACGGAUUGGUUGGGUGCAUCACCAUUACAUUAUGCAGCUCAAUAUGGUCAUGUUGAUACUGUUCAAACAUUAUUACGUUCAGGUAUUGCUAAAGAUGCACGAACAAAAAUUGAUCGUACAGCAUUACAUGUUGCAUCACAAGAAGGAUAUUUUGAAACAGUUACUGUUUUGAUAAAUUUUGGUUGCGAUGUUGAUGCAAAAGAUAUGCUCAAAAUGACACCAUUACAUUGGGCUGUUCAACGUGGUCAUCGACAAAUUGUUGAAUUAUUAUUGAAUUCAGGUGCCGAUGUUAAAAUUAUCAAUAAAUUUGAUAAAACACCAAUCGAUGUUGCUUAUAGUUGUGGCCAUGAUGAUUAUGUGCCUUUAUUAAAAAGUUUCCUAGGCAAAGCUAAACCGAAAAUAAAUCCCAUCGAUAAUUCUAUACAAGUAAAUCGUAUGAAAAAUCAGGCAAAAGCUCGAUCAAAAUUGUCGAUUAAUACAGUAAGAAAUUCACAAAAAUCAUUACCACAUCAUCAAUUGGUUAAACAAGAAAUUGAUGAAGAUUUUGGUGAAAUUCGACAUUUAUCAACUUCCAUGGAUGGUUCAACUAAUGCAUCUGCUGCUGCUGCUGCUGCCAAUUCAAAUAAAAAUCAAAUCAUUAUUACCAAAAGAACAAGUUUAGAUAGUAGCCAAUUACAAAAUGGAAGCCAAACAUUACAACAAACGGCAGCCGGUAAACUAAUCGUAAAUAAUACCUCCAUAACAAGUCUUGGCAAUAAUUCAAAUGCUAAAAAAUUAUAUACUAUAAAUUCACAAAAUUCCAAUAUUUUAUUGCUAUCAUCACCGAAUAGUGGUUCAAGUAAUAGCAACAAAUUAAAUGAUGGUACUAUUGGAACAUCAAGCGGUCCAAUAAAAUUAAUGACAACAGUUGGUUCGAAUAAAAAGCCUGUGUUUACUGAAAUAAAAGAUGCAAAAUCAUUGGAAAAAUUUCAAUUCUUUAAUUCAUCAAAUAAAACAGGUUCACAACCUGUUAUCAAACGUUUUGUGAUCAACAAUCCAAAUCAAACAAAUUCCACUGUUAUACAGGAAAAAGAUGCCGAAAUUGCCAAAUUAAAAGAUGAAAAUGGAAAAUUGAAAAAAGAAUUGGAAGAAAUUCGUUCAUUAAUCAUAUCAAAAGAUUUGGAAAUUGAGCGGCUAAAAAAAUUAAAAACAUCAAACAAUAAUAAUAAUCAUUCGAUUGGUGAAAAAGAAGAAUCAAUUAACCAUCAUCAGCCAACACCACCAUCAAAUUCACCACCACCAACACUUGAUCUUGACGAUGAUGAACAAUUGGAUUGAUUAAAGUUAACGAAAGAAACAUUGAAUUGCCAUUCAUUUUAAUUAUUAUCAUCAUCAUCCAGACAACAACCACACCAUCAAAUUGGUGAUCAUUCACAAUUAAACAUUUAACAUUCGUCAUCAUUAUCAUCUCACAUUUAAUCGAGUAAUUUUGUUAAUUUGAGCAUAUUAUCAUUAAUUUUUUUUCUGUUUGUAAACAA